AUGAGCAAAAUUCCCAAACGUUUCCAACAAUACUUUAGACACGCCGUCAGUUUCAAGUGUAAAGUUGUACCACCGCCAAAGACACCAUCAGAAUUGCAAUUCAUCACUCAGAGUUUUCAAAAUUUGGGAACCAUUGAUUUAUUAAAAUCUACUGCAUUGAAUCCAGAGGAGUUGACUCGAGCUGGAUUUCAAUUAAAUAUACUAUUUAAUCCAGUUUAUGAAAAGAGCUGGUUUCUGCCGGUGUCAAGCAAUGAUGAGUUUGCACUAAAUGCUGACUCUCCACAGCGAAACAUCAUGGUUCGAGACAAACUUGUCAAGAAGUUGGAAAAUUUGAUUGCAAUUCCAAGAUACCUUUACGUGGAAAAUGAUGAAAAGUUUCUAAGCGAUCAACGCCUGAUUCAGUUUGUUCAUGAUUUGUCGGAUAGAGGUCGGAAUUUCGCUGGUAAAUACGAUUUGUCCUUGGCCUCAAUAGAAGACCCCUUUAUAUCAAUUACCACUAUGAAUGAAAAAGUGAAUAAAUAUGGAUUACGAGCAGCAAUUCGAAGUAACAUCCAGCAUUUUCAUAAAUUCCAGGAUAUAGAGAUUCAUACAAACCAUCGGCUCAUUAUGCAUAAACUUGAAACUAAUAAAUUUUAA